GAGCGAAAAAAAGUGGGCAGCCAGACGCAGCCUACCCCAACCGCCGCCGCCGCCACCACCGCUCAUGGGUAAUGUCACACGUCCUGCGGAGGGUUGUGCAUGCGAUAUGAGUGCGAGUCGCGUCCUCUUCUCCUAAGGUUCUUACUCUCUCUCUCUCUAUCACCCUUAUUUUGGACGAGUUUCAAUUUCGGUUUAAAAACUUUGUUUACCGCCGCCGUCGCCGCCGCUGUUUCUGUUGCUUUUGCUGCUACUAAAUAAGUGAAGGUGAAACGGGCUUUUCGGUCGCGUACAACAAAACCGCCGCUCGAAGGAAAGUAAAAGUGCGUCUACCGAAAAGGAGUAAGAACCUGAGAGGUAAAAUACGGACUUAAAUGUGUGUGUGCAGAGUGUGUGCGUGUGUGUGUACGUGUGUGGGUAAAAAAAGAGGAGAACCGGUCACGCGAGAGCCGCCGCAACAUACAUCGGAUACGACCGCCCCGUACGUGCUGUACAAGGAUGGGAUAGACAGGACGCAGAUGCAAUGGGGGGCGCAGGACAGUUACGCGUCGGCGCCACAGCAGACGUCGUCGUCGUCGGGGGCAUCAGGGGCGGCGAGUCCCCAGCAGGCUCUGGGGCCGACGGUGCCGCUUGGCGUCGAGGCGGAUACCGUGGCGCCCCGGGACCAGAGCCUGCCCUCACCCGCCCCCUCCCCGUAUCCUGCAACGCAAGCGGAAACCCGUGACGACGACAACAAUAUACAACCGGAUCAACCGGCCCUCGACCUGGAGACGAACAACGGAGGUGGAGGAGGAGGAGGAGGCGGUGGAGGAGGAGGAGGUGGAGGUGCUGGAGGCGGCGGCGGCCGUCCCGCAUCCUCGCAGUGCUUCCCAUCUUCAGCCGACAUCCAGCAGCAGCAGAGCUACCAGCAGUACGCGCGAGUGCCGCCUCCUUCGGGUCCACCGCCGGUGCCGCCGCACAUGCUCGGCGCCGGCAGCUUCUCCGCCCUGCACUACCUUAAGCAACCCGGCGUCAUGCUGACGUCGAUCGGCGCCGACGGCUCCAGCCAGCUGGAUCAAUACGCCAGCAAUAUGCAGGACCUGCGGGCCGCCGCUCUGCCCGACGUCAUCCAGCAGCAGCAGCAGCAGAAUUUGAAGCCGCCCGGCAAGGGCAUCGGCAGCGAGCUCAGGCUCUUCAAAUGUCUGACCUGCGGCAAGGACUUCAAACAGAAGUCGACGCUGCUGCAGCACGAACGCAUCCACACGGACAGCCGACCGUACGGUUGUCCGGAGUGCGGCAAACGCUUCCGUCAGCAAUCCCAUCUCACCCAGCACCUGCGGAUCCACGCCAACGAGAAACCCUACGCUUGCGUCUAUUGCGAACGCACCUUCAGGCAAAGGGCCAUCCUCAAUCAACAUCUGCGCAUACACUCUGGUGAGAAGCCAUACGAGUGCCCCGAGUGCGGCAAGCACUUCCGACAGAAGGCCAUCCUCAACCAGCACGUCCGCACACACCAAGAUGUGAGUCCGCAUUUGGUGUUCAAGAAUGGGAUCAACGCGACGCUUUGGCCGCAGGACGUGCCGUUUCCGCCGGAGGAGGGCAAGGAGGAGGUGGCGUCGACGUACGGCGAUGGCGACUCCCAGAACGACAGGACGGGCUGCUUCUCGCCGAACAGCACUGUGUCCGGUAAUCUGCAAUAUCCUUCUUACUUUAAGGAUAACAAGGGAAUGAACCAUUCGGUGUUUGGGUCAACAGCAAACUUCGGCGCCCUGCAGUACCUGAAGCAUCACCAGGGCCAAAAGGGUCUGCCGGACGUGAUACAGCACGGCAGGAGCGCCGGAAUGCCGCUCUACGUGAGGUGUCCGAUCUGCCAGAAGGAGUUCAAGCAGAAGUCGACACUGCUGCAGCACGGCUGCAUACAUAUCGAGUCGAGGCCGUAUCCCUGUCCGGAGUGCGGAAAACGCUUCAGACAGCAGAGCCAUCUGACCCAGCACCUCCGGAUACACACCAACGAAAAACCGUACGGCUGCGUCUACUGCGGCCGCAACUUCCGUCAAAGAACGAUCCUCAAUCAACACUUGAGGAUCCACACCGGUGAGAAGCCAUACAAGUGCCAGCAGUGCGGCAAGGAUUUCAGACAGAAGGCCAUUCUAGACCAACACACGAGAACCCAUCAGGGUGACCGUCCGUUCUGUUGUCCAAUGCCGAACUGCCGGCGCCGCUUCGCCACCGAACCGGAAGUCAAAAAGCACAUAGACAACCACAUGAAUCCGCACGCCUCGAAGUCGCGACGCGAUCCAUCCGCGGCAGCGGCCGCCGCCGCCGCAGCAGCAGCAGCCGCAGCUGAAUCCAAGCUCAACGGGAUGAGAAAUCUGACGCCGACCGCCGUCGUCAAGCCAGAACUCUACUUCCCGCAGUGCUACGCCCCGAGCUUCAAUCCCCCGACGAGUCUCGGCCAUCAAUUCUCCGCCGCAGCCGGCGCCUCCGCCCCCGAAUUCAAACCGCCCAACGGUCUUCCGGCCCAGUGACUAGCGGCCACUGGCUGGCAACUCGGUUCUUGCAUCGGGUGACCCAUAGCCAGUUAGAACACGUUAUACAACCAACAACAACAACAACAACAACCACUACAAUAUAACUAAUGAACAACAACAACAACAACCACCACAUAUAGACUAUUGAAAAGCAGAAAUGUAAAAAGUCACAGUUUCUAUUUGAACAAACGACAGACAAUUAAAUAUAAACAAACUGCAUAUAGAACAAACAAAAAAAACAACACACAACAAACAUUUAUAUAUGUAUAUAUAAUAUAUAUAUAAAUAUAUAUUUGUAUUCGGAGUGAUCUUCAUAUGGUGCUGAAAAUUUUUCUUUUAACGGAAAGGUGUUUCUGAUCGGAUAGUUUGUAGCGAGAGAGACUCUAUUCUCUAUAUUUUUUAUUUGUUCUACUACUACUACUACUACUAUAAUACUACUAUAACUAUUACUACUACUACUACUAUACAAAAUCAACAGAAGAGAAGGAAAAUCAAUUUUCCCCCCAGAACCCCCAAGCAAAGCCCUCCCCACAGUUAAACCCAUUAUUUUAUACACGUUUACCUGUUUUUACUAAUUCAAAAUCCCCCCCC